AGCGAUGACGUGACCGGCAGGGGGCGGUGCGCGCGCGGGCAGCAUGGCGGCGGCGGCGGCGGCGGGCUCGGGCUGCCCGGGGCGGCUGGUGAUGGAGGCGCUGGGCGGGGUCCGGCCCCUGCCCGGCCUGGUGCGCGGCCUGCGAGACAGCGGGCAGAACCUGCAGGCUCUGGGGGGCCUGAUUGGGGUCACCAAUGCCCGGCUGGGUGCUGCCAAGACACGGUUUGAGGGUCUGUGUCUGCUCUCCCUGCUAGUGAGCGAGAGCCCCACGGAGCCGUUCCAGCAGCACAGCCUGGGCUGGCUGCGGGCCCUGCAGCACCUGCUCCAGUCCCAGGACCCUGCCCCCACCAUGGCGCUGGGGGUGGCCGUGCUGCGGGACCUGCUGCUGUUCUCCUGCCAGCUGCCCGAGCUGGCGCGGGACAUCGGCACCAACCACAUCCCCGGCCUGCUCACCUCCCUGCUGGCCCUCAAACCCGAGUGCCAGCUGUCGGCUCUGGAGGGCAUCAAGGCGUGCAUGACCUUUUACCCGCGGGCCUGCGGCUCUCUCCGGGGCAAACUAGCUGCUUAUUUCCUGUCCCGAGUGGACGCUGAUUCGCCUCAACUGCAGCAGCUGGCGUGCGAAUGUUACGUGCUGCUGCCCUCGCUAGGUGCCGGCUUCACCCAGGGGCUGAAGCACACAGAGUGCUGGGAGCAGGAGCUGCACGGGCUGCUGGCCACGCUGCAUGGCCUGCUGGGAAACCUUUACGAGGGCGCCGAGACCGACCCCCUGCCCUAUGAGGGCCCUGGCGUGGAGCUGCUACUGCCGCCGACGCCGCCCGACGGGGAGACGAGCUUCGUCCUGAACCUGUGCAACCGCUUCUCCGGCCUGGCCAAGUGCCUGCAACUCAUGCUCAGCAGCGAGUUUGUGGCUCCAGUGACGGUUCCGGUCCAGGACGUUCUGGAUCUCGUCUGCCGGGCUCUGAACAUCUCCAUCAAGAACAUUAGCUGGUACGGCGACGGCCCCCUGAGAAUGCUGCUGCUGCCCACUGUCCACCUGCAGACCCUGGAUGUGCUGUCGGCCUUGAUCCUGGCGUGUGGGGCCCGGCUGGCACGCUGGGGCAGCGUUCUGGGCCGGCUCUUCCCCCAGGUUCUGGGCGCCUGGAGCAGCUGCAGGGACUCGGUGCCGCUGGGCCAGGAGAAGCCCUACAGCGCCGUGCGCACCAGGCUCUACCAGGUCCUGGAGCUGUGGGUGCAGGUGGGCGGGGCCGGCGCAGGGGUGCUGCAGGGCCCCCCCCACUGCAGUGAGGCCCUGCUGACCCACCUGCUGAGUGACAUCGUCCCCCCCACGGAUAGCGUCAAGCUGAAAGUGGAGCGCCCUGGCUCGGAGGGGAAGCCCAGCGCCCCCAAGAAGCCAAAGCUCUCGGAGGGGGGUGAGGCCCCCUCCCUGCACCGCAAGCAGGACCCCAUGGCCAACAGUGACGUGUGCAAGGCGGCUCUGCAAGCGUUGAGCUGGGCCAUCAUACUGGGGGGAAGUCUGGUCAAGGAGGAGACCCACAGGAAGCUGCAGGAGCUGGUGGUGCCGCUGCUGCUCCGCCUGGCCCAGGGGGACGUGCCCCCCGGGGGCCCCUACGCCAGCCCGGCCUGCCGCCACCAGCUCUACCGUCUGCUGCUGGCCCUGCUCCUGGCCCCUGCGCCCACCUGCCCCCCGCCCCUGCACUGCGCCCUGCGAGCCUUCACCCUGGGCCAGCGGGACCCCAGCCUGCAGGUGUCGUCCUUCUGCGCCGAAGCCCUGGUGACCUGCAGCGCCCUGGCCCGUCCCCGGGUGCCCUCCUUGCAGCUGCCUCUCCCUGGCUCCACCCCCUCCGCUGGCCCUGCCCCCUCGGAGCUGGCCGCCUCCCCCUUCCGCCAGGCCCCGCCCUUCCCUGCCCCACUGUCUGCUCGCCCCCCGUCCGCCGCCACCAACCACCUGGGGCUGGCGCCACCUCGGCUGCCCCCCUCCGCCACACCCGGCCUGGGCCUGGCGGAGGAGCCCGGGGAGGCGGGCGAUCCCCGGCUGCUGGCCCCGCCCUCUCCCGGGGGCACAGGAGAGGAGGGGGCGGGGCUGGGGGGCAAGCCCCGGCGCCCCGUCUACGUGCACUAUGAGAAGGAGGAGGAGUCGGACGUGGAGAUCUCCCUGGAGAGCGACUCCGACGACAGCGUGGUCAUCGUCCCCAAGGGGCUGCUGCCCAAGCCCCCCCCGCCUCCCCCCGUGCCCCCCUCCCCGCCCCCCGUCCAGCCCCCCGAGGAGCCGCCCGCCACACCCCUCCCGCCCACUGCCGGCGAGGCGCUGCCCAGCCUGGGCGAGGAGAACCCGGCCGUGAUCAACAUCAACAGCAGCGAGGAGGAGGAGUUCCCGGAGGAGGAGGAAGACGAGGAGGAGGAGGAGGAAGAGGAGGAGGAGGAGUACUUCGACGAGGAAGACGAGGACUUCGAGGAGGAGGAAUUCGAGGAGGAGGAAGAGCUGGGGGAGGAGGAGGAAGAGGAGGAGGAGUACGAGGAGGAGGAAGGCCUGUCGGAGGAAGAGGAGGAGGAAGAGGAGGGGGCCCUGUCGGAGGAAGAGCGGGCACCCCCCGGCCCCCAGGAGCCGCCAGCCGCACCCGGGGAGCCGGACGACCUCAUCAUGGAGGUAGAGGAGAGCCAGGCAGCUGAGCCGCCACCCCACGAGGAGGAGGAGGAGAAUGAGGAGGAGGUGGUGGUCAUGAAGACUAGCCCCCCGGCCGCCCCCCAGCCACUGGAGGAGGACGAGGAGCUGCCGCCGGCGCCGCCCACCCCGCCCCAGCGGGCCAGCCCCCUCCAGGCCCCGCCUCCCACCCAGGAGGAGAUGGAGGAGGAGCCCCCACUGCUGGAAGCCCCGCCCCCUGCCCUGGAGGAGGAGCAGCCGCCCCCCAAGGAGGAGGGGGCGCCCCCAGCGGGGGAUCCGGGGGAGGGCGCCGGAGAGGGGGCCCAGCCCAGCCCCAAGGGGGAGCAGCCGGCAGUGAAGGCAGAGGUGGAGGUGGACGAGACGGCGACCAUGCUGGCUGACUUCAUUGACUGCCCUCCGGACGACGAGAAGGGGCCCCCCGAACCCGGCCCCUAGGGGAGCCCCCGACAUGCCUGCCCAUCCCCGGGAACCCCCCAACCAACCUCCCCCCUCCACUGUGUGUGUCGGAUAGUUCAAUAAACACCCCUCUAGCGCCAG